CCCCAGAGCACCCCCAGUCCAGACCUUGGGUUAUGCUACCGUACCAUGGACGGUCAUGGCACAAUCAACCCUGCUGCGCUGAACUCAAGUACGUCGCCGCCCCUCGACAACUCGGCAUAUAACAAUCGAGGCCUGAAGCGCAGCCGUUCCCCGGCCGAACCCGCCGACACCGGUACGUCCGCUGUCAACGUUUCUUCCCAGCUUGCGCGUUCAAGUGCUGACGUGUUAGACGACUUCAAACCACGGAAGCGCGGUCGCCCUCCCAAGCAAAAGACUGCCGAUAGUCCACAGAUGGCAUCCCACCCUGUCCACCUGUCGUCGCCGCUUGCCGUACAGACUCCCCAGAUUAAGCAAGGCGGGAACCAGUCCUCACCUUCGCAGGCUUCACCCCAAAGACAAACGCCCGCUUCAGGUCAAAAGACAACUGUCGUCAAGGCUUUGCCUACCGUCAGAGACCACACCACAGACCAGCUCGGCGCUGAAGGCGAUGAAUACAUCCCACGCGAGAUCGACGAAGCUGGCGAGAAGAAGGUGUCGAGCAAUGGCUACCCGCUCGAAGGUCGCGAAUACCGCAUCCGAACAUUCACUGUGCCCAACAGAGGCGAGAAGCUUUUUAUGCUCGCCACCGAAUGCGCGCGCGCGUUAGGCUACCGUGACUCGUACCUGCUCUUCAAUAAGAACCGAUCGCUGUACAAGAUCAUCGCCAACCAACCGGAGAAGGACAAUCUCAUUCAACAAGAGAUUCUGCCAUACUCGUACCGUUCUAGGCAAAUCGCCAUUGUAACGGCAAGGUCCAUGUUCCGCCAGUUUGGAAGUCGCGUCGUUACCAACGGAAGACGAGUUCGCGACGAUUACUGGGAAUCCAAAGCGAGAAGCCAGGGCUUUACCGAAGAAGAUGCAGCUGGAGAAAAGCGACCUGGUGCUGCCAAGCAGAGAGAAGCAGCGGCUGCCGAAGCGAGCACCAACACGACUACCUUGACUGCCAUGCCGCACACCGACAUUAUAUAUACCAACGGUCCUGGCAUCGACCAACCCACCGUUCCGGCUGGCAUUCACCCCGUCACGCUUGCGCCUCUCAGCAUGAUUAACAUGCCUUCUGAUGACCCUAGAGUCGCCGAUUUCCGUGGCAUUGCUCGCCCAAGACAGGAGCUUAAUGGACCUGCCUACCAAGAUCGCACUCAGCCUAGCAACCCUCAAGACGUCUUCACACAAGCAAACCAGGCCGCUGAGUUUAAUAAAUCUCUGACUCAACAGCGUGUUGUGCGCAGCCAAUACUACGAGGACUACUGGAAGCGCCCCCAUGAGCCCCCGACCCCUCCUCCGCAGCCGCUUCUGCCCGACACCACAGACUUGGGAACUGUUGCUCCUCAUAGUCUACAGUCGCCUCAAAGCCGUCUGCCAUCUCUUUCGCAGCCCUCAAUGAUGACCCAUCAGCAAGCAGCCGCCCACAUGAUGCCCUCUCAGUUCCACCAGCCGAACCAACAGAACCCCAUGCAGUCGCCCGUCCGCUCCAUGCACCAGCAGCUUCCCUCGUCGCAGAUGCACCAGACUUCGCCCGCUAUGGCCAUGGCUUCCAUGCGCCAGCAAACUCCCUCGUACGGCUACCAGCAGGGUCAAAUGUGGCCGCCUUCGCAACCUCAGCCUUCUCCCUUGUCACAGGCCCACAACAUGGCUCAGUUCCAGCAGCCACCACAGCAGUCGCCCAUGCAUCCUCCCCAGAUGGCCGCCAUGGGUGGCUACCCUUCCAUGAACCACCAUAUGGGUGCAGCUGGUGCCUUUGCUGGUAUGAACCGCAACAUGUAUCAAGCUAGUCCAAGCCCACAGCAAUUUGCCAUGCAGCAGCAGCAACAGCAGGGUACACCUGGUCAACCUCAGCAGCAGAUGCAUGGAUGGGCACCCCCAUCUACCAACCCAGCUGCGGGCAUGACACCUCAAGACUGGCAACGCUACCAAUAG